AUGGUUGACUACGUCAGCGAGACCUGCACGCAGUGCAUACAGCUGCUGGGCGCGGUUCCUCCGUCGAUCUUCAUCUUGUCCAUCCUGACCACUUUUGUCGGAUCAGUUGUUUUUCCCUUCAAGGUAUAUCUAUUUCUUUUCGCCGUCGCAUUCAAACCCCGCAAACCAUUUGACCUUGAGAAACGCUACCGAAUUCUGACCGAGAAUGAUGAAGUUAGUCUAUUGCAAGAGCUGCCUUGCUGGUUAGAUACCUGGGAACGCGAACGAAAACAAAAGCCGAAUUCCAAGCGAGAUGUGGACGUCGAGAAACCCGAGCUUUUUAUGUCUGUGGUUAUCCCCGCAUACAACGAAGAGGAACGUCUGGUUGGCAUGCUCGAAGAGACCGUGGAGUAUCUUGAAUCUGCGUAUGGAGUCGAGAGCAGCCAUGAGACAAAGAACAAAAAGAAUACCGUAACUAAACGCACACGAAAAGACAAUGCACAUCAAUCCAAUGGUCACGUUAAACAAACCGACCCAACUAAAGGCUGGGAGAUUCUAAUUGUUUCUGACGGGUCGACCGACCGUACUGAAGACGUCGCCUUUAAUUUUGCUCGGAAGCACGACAUUCCAGUGGAUAACUUCAGAGUUAUCGUAUUGUCGCAGAAUCGAGGCAAAGGAGGCGCAGUCACCCAUGGAAUGCGUCAUGUUCGCGGCCAAUACGUCGUUUUUGCUGAUGCGGACGGUGCAAGCAAAUUUGCGGAUCUUGGGAAGCUAGUACAGGCAUGUCAGAAAGUUGAAGAUUCCAACGGACGGGCAGUUGCUGUUGGUUCGAGAGCUCAUAUGGUUGGCAGCGAAGCCGUUGUCAAGCGCUCCAAACUACGCAACUUUUUAAUGCACUCGUUCCAUCUCAUCCUAUGGCUUUUAACUCCAUCGGCCACGGCCAAAAUUGGGGAUACACAAUGUGGCUUCAAGCUUUUUUCGCGCGCGUCUUUGCCAUUCAUCAUCCCAUACAUGCAUUCGGAAGGCUGGAUCUUCGAUGUUGAAAUGUUGAUGUUGGCGGAAUUCUCCCAAAUUCCGGUUGCUGAGGUGCCCGUCGGGUGGCGGGAAGUAAAAGGCAGCAAAUUGAACGUUGUUUGGGAUAGUAUCGGUAUGGCUUGGGGAUUGUUCGUCCUCAGGGCGUCGUGGAGUUUGGGGGUAUAUCGAAGAACAUAA